AGCGUGCUGUGAUUGCAUGUGUUCAUUGUUUUUCUUCUCUGAUUCCUGAGUAGUGAAACAGUCUUGACUGACUGCAGUGAGUCGCCCCGGAGUGGGCGGGGUUAUGCAGCCCUGCAGACUCUCACUGUGCUGUACUCAUCUUCCUCAUUUGAGCUCAUCUCAGUAAAUGAGCUGCUCAGUCACUGUGCUGGGAACGAUUAGACAUACGAAGCUGAAUCAGACACAGCUUUAAUUCAGCUCCACUGCAGCUGUCAGCUCUACAUUUAAAGAAAAUCAGGUCCCGCCCACGUUGUGGUUCUGCAGCUGAACAAGAUGGUGAACUGCGGCUUAUUGACCGACAAGAAUGAACCAGUUCAUCUGAAGAGCGUAGUGGUGGAUCUAAAGGUUAAGGGUCAUGUAGCUACAGUGAGCUCCACUCUGCAGUAUGUAAAUGAAGAAGAGCGCCCCCUGGAGGCCCUGUUUGUCUUCCCCAUGCCUGCAGAAGCUGCUCUCUGCCACUUCAGUGCCAAGAUUGCAGACAAGGAGGUAAUGGCGAAGGUGCAGGAGAAAGAGAAGGCGCGGGAGGAGUAUGAUGAUGCGAUUGCUUCAGGAGAUCAGGCCUUUCUGCUGGAGGAGAGUGACGAGAGUGAGGAUGUGUUCAGGCUGAGUGUGGGGAGUCUGCCUCCAGCCCAGAGUGCUGCUGUCACCUUCAUCUACGUCACUGAGCUCUCUGUGCAGGCUGACCACGCCCUGCGCUUCUGCCUGCCUGCAGUGCUGAACCCCCGUUACACACCACCAGGUACAGGUGGUGGUAUAGUGUCAGAGAUAACAUCAUCACCAGCAGGUGUUCCCUACUCUCUCUCUCUCACAGCCCAUGUGAGCUCUCCCAACCCCAUCACUAAAGUAGAGUCCAAAUGUCCUCUUGAGCCUCUGAUGUUCCUCAACGCAGACCACACAAAUGCAAAGGUGAGUCUGUCUGCAGGUCAUAUGUUUGACAGGGAUGUCGAGCUGUUCCUAUAUUAUCAGAACGCCCACCAGCCCACUGCUAUAGUGGAGGCAGGAGAGCCCACAGCACAGCCAGGAACUCUGAUGAGAGACCCUGUGGUCAUGCUAAGUUUGUACCCAGAGUUCCCUUCAGCGCUGAUGUCAUCUGUAACAUCUUGUGGUGAAUUUGUGUUCAUAAUGGACAGAUCUGGCAGUAUGGGCUGUCCGAUGCAUAAUGGAUCAGGUGCACAGAUGCGCAUCGCGAGUGCCAGGGACACUCUGCUCCUACUGUUGAAGAGUCUCCCUCUGGGCUGCUACUUUAAUAUCUACGGCUUUGGUUCACACUAUGAAUCUUUCUUUCCGAAGAGUGUUGAAUACACUCAGGAGACAAUGGACCAGGCUGUGAAGAGAGUAAAGGAGAUGGAAGCAGACAUGGGUGGCACUGAGAUUCUGCAGCCUCUGAAACACAUCUACAGUCAGCAGUGCAUCCCUAACCAGCCCAGACAGGUCUUCAUGUUCACUGAUGGAGAGGUGUGGAACACCAAAGAAGUUCUUUCCCUCGUAAGAAACAACGCUGAAUCUCACAGGUGCUUCUCGUUUGGGAUUGGUGAAGGUGCGAGCACCGCCCUCAUCACAGGAAUGGCUCAGGAGGGAUGUGGCCACGCCCAGUUUAUCACAGGCACUGAUCGCAUGCAGCCCAAAGUAAUGCAGUCUCUCCGCUAUGCUCUACAGCCAGCUGUGGUUGAUAUUAGUGAAGAGUGGACGGUCCCAGUGGGCAUGUCCGCCACCCGCCUUAGCCCACCCAUUAACGCACUCUUCCAGGGUCAAAGGGCACUGAUUUACGCUCAGCUGAAAGGAGAGAGUCAGAGCUCAGACUCUGAGGGGACUGUAACAGUGAAGUACCGUCUAGCAGAUCAAGAGGUCACCAACACACUCAGCUACUCCCUCAAGCCUGCUGAGAAUACAGGACUGUCCAUCCACAGACUGGCUGCCCGCUCUCUGAUCCGCUCUCUGGAACGGGAGGAGCAGAAUGAGGGAGCUGAGAAAGAGGCUUUAAAGGCCAGAGUGGUGGAGCUCAGUGUGCAGGCUGGAGUGAGCAGCUCACACACAGCCUUCAUUGCCGUUCAUAAGGGCAGUGGAGAGGCUGUGAAAGGACCACUGCUGAGGAGGAGAGUUCCUACAGGAGGGAUGCCUUUUAUGGGGGCACUAACGCCACUGUCGGGUUUGGGUGCCAUGAGAAGUUGUACUCCACCAGCGAUGCGCUUGGCUCACCAAGGGCGCCUUCAAAAAGGGGUCAUGGGUCCUGUAUCAAUGUUGGCCUUGGGUGCAGCAGUUGGUGUUGUGCCACAGAUGGGUGGGGCUUCACUAAUGGUCCAGAGGGGUGGUCAUAAACGAAUGAGGGUCAACCUGGAAGAGGAUUCUGUUGAAGACCGUGUAAAGGCUGUUAAAGACCCCCUACUGCAGCUCAUCUCCCUCCAGAAGGCGUCAGGCUGCUGGGAAAUGGACGGUGCACUGGCGGAGGUGUUUGGGAAGACAGAGGAAGAGGUGAUCAAGCAAACACCGGUACAAGUGGAGAAGGGGGUCUGGGCUACAAUUCUGGCUCUGAUCUGGUUACACGGGUUUAAGAUGGACGCUCAAGUUGAGUGGCAGUUUGUGGCCAUGAAGGCAGUGACAUGGAUCCGCAACCAGAAAGUGGUCAGUCUUUCUGAGAGUGUUCGUGUGGGUAAUGAUCUGCUGGGCUGCCAGGUUAAAGAAGAGGAUCUUGGACUCUGAAGUCUUCAAACAUUCUUGCUCUAAAGCUACUGUGCCUAAUGCAGACUUUCCAACCUACACCUCAUUUACUGAUGUUAACUGGUUUGAUUUUAGCAAAAUUAGUUUUACAUUAUCAUUUUUAAGUAAUAUUGCUUUUCAGAAGAGAGUACAGUUUCUGUUACCUUUGUAUGUUCGAAUCAUUAUGCUAUAAUUAAGCUAAAGAGGCCUAUUUCUUUUAUUUCUAACUGCUUUGUGACUUUUUGUCUGUUCUGAAUAGAUGACAUAUGGAGCUGUUACAUUUAACGACUGGAGCUAACUAUCGCAAUAUUUUUAAUAAAUUUGCAAGCAUUACUUCUGCCAAUAAAAUGUUUUUUUUUGAA